AGUCUGGGCUACCGGCGCGGGGUAGCGGAUGCAGCAUCCUUGUUGAGGACGCCCUGGUGGAGCCGGUGACCUUCAGGGACGUGGCCAUCUACUUCUCAAGGGAGGAGUGGGCGUGUCUGGAACCCAGCCAGAGGGCCCUCUACCGGGACGUGAUGCUGGACAACUUCAGCAGUAUGGCUGCCCUGGGUGAGUGCGGGCCAAGUGCUGGGUGAGCGCGGGGUGAGCGCGGUGAGUGCGGGCUGAGCGUGGGGUGAGCUCUGCCGCUGCCUCCGGGCCUGGCUGGUCCAGGAUGGUCGUGGGGCCUCCCAGCCGAGGGGACUCAGGAGCUGGAAGUUCUUGGCCUGUGUAGACAGAGGGGCCCACUUGGCAUUUCUCUCAGGCUCACUGGAGGCAGCCUCAUCUUCCUUCCUCUGACCUUGUCAGGGCCUUCCGUGGGCCUUGGUGUCCAGGCCCCUCCCUUCCUGUCAUCUCUGCUUCAGGGUAGCUUCUCCAGGGCCGCCCCGAGGUCUGGGCUUGCCUGGCCUCUUAGGCUAGUGCAGAACUGCUCUGAGCCUCGACCCUCGCUUUGUCCUCAGUACAAGUAAAACAGAACCUUUUCUCUCCUUUGAAAAGGAUUUUGCAGCCCCAGACCAGACCUCGUCUCUCGCCUGGAACAGUGGGAGGAGCCGUGGGUUGAAGACCGGGAGAGACCUGAGCUCCAGGCAGUGCAGAGGGGCCACUGGCCAGGUGAGUGCUGGGUUGUCUGGGCUUGGCUGGCCCCGUCCCUGUGGCCACAGCUCCUGGGUGAGUGCUCAGCACACUGCAGUGACUGAGGGUGCGUCCUUCCCAUGGGAGAGUGGACACACAGCCGCUCUCUAACUUAGGCCUUAGAGACAUGGGGCAGCCACGCUCCUGCCCUGAUGGACACUGGCCGGGGGCCGGGGCUCGCAAGGCACGGUGGUGCAGGAUGACGUACAGCUGCAGCUUGGGAGGGGCCUGAGGCCAGAGUGACGCUUGAAGGCUGCACCUAGCCACCCAGGUGCUGUCUGGCGGAGGCCGUUGGUGUAGGUGUCUGACCUACAGCCACAGGCCUGGUACUGACUGCACGUGAGGGUCUCCAGGUAUGUGGCUCUGGGUAGGAGUUUGCGCCACAUCCCUGUUUGCAAAACUGGGACAGUGGCCGUGCUUCCCUCCAUUAGGUGAGGGGUGCUCUUGGGGCAGUGGUCAGAGGGGGUUUGCUUUUUACUUAGAUUUUCAGAAUGGGAUGGAGCAGCUACGUGAACACGAGCCCUGGGAAGUCCCUGGGCCUGUGGAGCCCCCGCCUGGGGAGUGUCGGGUCCCUGGGGGCAAGGAAAUCUGCAGACCCCAAGAGACGCUGUGACCGUCCAACUUGGGCUCAUAAGAAAACCCAUGUGAGGCGAGAAAGAACCAGGGAGGGAAGCAGCUUUCGGAAGAGCUUCGGGCCGGACGCGGAUGACGGGCAGCUUCCCAGAGCUGCUCCAGAAAGGACAGACGCCAAGCCCACGGCUUUUGCUUGUCAGAUGCUCACGAAGUGUUGUGGGCAGCGGCCGGGCCGCAGAGAGCGCCGGAAGCAGUGCGCAAUGGAGCUGUCGUUCAUCUGCGGCACGUGCGGGAAGGCGCUCAGCUGCCACAGCCGGCUGCUCGCUCACCAGACGGUGCACACGGGGACCAAGGCCUUCAAGUGCCCCGAGUGCGGCCAGACCUUCCGGUGGGCUUCAAACCUGCAGCGUCACCAGAAGAACCACACGCACGAGAAGCCCUUCUGCUGCGAGGCAUGUGGGCAGGCGUUCAGCCUGAAGGACCGCCUGGCCCAGCACCGCAAGGUCCACACCGAACACAGGCCCUACUCGUGCGGCGACUGUGGGAAAGCCUUCAAGCAGAAAUCCAACCUUCUCAGACACCAGCUGGUGCACACCGGGGAGCGGCCGUUCUACUGCGGGGACUGCGGCAAGGCCUUCCGGACCAAGGAGAACCUCAGCCACCAUCAGAGGGUCCACAGCGGGGAGAAACCCUAUACCUGUGCCGAGUGUGGCAAGUCCUUCCGGUGGCCCAAGGGCUUCAGCAUCCACCGGAGGCUGCACCUGACAAAGAGGUUCUACGAGUGCGGCCACUGCGGGAAAGGAUUCCGCCACCUGGGCUUCUUCACGCGGCAUCAAAGAACUCACAGGCACGGGGAGGUGUAGGGGCCCCCGAAGCGUGGGGUGCUGUACCUCUGCGGGAGUACUGGGCCCUGAGGGAGAGCUGCAGUGAGAAGUUGCUCUUCAGCCUGGAAAAUCAGCCUGAAAAGAAGCCUUCUCAGUCCUCAGAGCUCUCCAGUCCCCCGAGAAGUUUUACUGGGAAAACUGCCAGGUGGGAGAAGCGAAUCCAUGGGUACGCCGGAGAUGGUGGGGGCUCUGGAGAUGGCAGGGGCUGCACCCCGGUGCCGGGCACCCUGGGGAUGUGCUGAGAGCAUGUGCGACCACGGAGCCACAUGCCAGGCCAGGCGCAGAGGUGGAGAGCCUGCCCGGUGCUCACAGCUGUCUGGCUCAGGGACUCCACCCUGGCCCUGAGUCGCUGUCUGCUGGGCCUUUCCUUCCUGGCUCCGCACUCCAUGCUUGCUGCCUGGUCUGGCUUGCCUUCCUGUCUCUGUCUUGGGCGAGGCAUUGCACAGAGGCAAAGACCCUCCCGCAGCCUCUGCACUGGGCCAUAGAAACAAGAGCUUUUGUAAUACUGAGCCUUAUUCAAGGAUUAGGGAGUGGUGCUCAGCCGGUUAGGUCAGGGCCACCCCCCGUGUUGCAGGGAUGGCCCCCACCCAGCUCUGUUGGUCAGAGCCUGGGUCACGCACCUGAAAUUGGCAGAUCGAGUUGGGUCUCAGGGCAGUGAGGUGGCCAUACUCACCAUAGUGCAUUUCAUGGGGAAGAGGUGACCUCUUUGUUUGAAACUUAAGGUGUCCUAUCCAGCCAGAAAUAAAAAUCUGCCAGUGGUGAUCCCAAGGGAAGACCCCUGUGGAAAUGGAUCGGGGACACUGCCGUGUUUCAGGUUAGC